UUAUUUCAUGAUUGUUAUCGAAUCGCACGUGGUUCGCUUGAGAAUGUACGUGGUGCAACGCGUACGCUUAUUUAUUUGAAAAGCUGACGUUAUCUCUUAAUUAAGAUGGGGAAGAAAACAAAGAUUGGGAAGCAGAGAAAAGACAAGUAUUAUCAAUUAGCCAAGGAAACAGGUUAUAGGUCACGUGCUGCAUUCAAGUUAAUUCAGUUAAAUCGAAAAUAUGAAUUUCUUCAAAAGUCUAGAGUAUGCAUUGAUCUGUGUGCAGCACCUGGUGGCUGGAUGCAAGUUGCUAGGCAAAAUAUGCCAGUGUCAUCUAUAGUUGUAGGAGUGGAUUUGUUUCCUAUAAAACCUAUUCCAGGAUGUAUCAAUCUUACAGAGGAUAUCACAACAGAUAAAUGUCGGAUAGCUAUCACACGAGAACUGAAAACAUGGAAAGCCGAUGUUGUUUUAAACGACGGAGCCCCAAACGUGGGAAAAAAUUGGCUUCAUGAUGCUUAUCAACAAGCUGUUUUAACAUUAGCUGCUAUUAAACUAGCCGCUCAAUUUCUAAGAGCAGGUGGUUGGUUCGUUACAAAAAUAUUUCGAUCUAAAGAUUAUCAUCCACUUAUCUGGGUGUUAAAACAAUUAUUCAAGAAGGUACACGCUACUAAACCUCAAGCCUCGCGUAACGAGUCUGCAGAAAUUUUUGUGGUUUGUCAAUAUUACAUAGCUCCUGACAAAUUGGAUUCCAAGUUUUUCGACCCAAAGUACGUAUUUUCUGAGCUCGAAGUCAAAAGUGCAAACAAGAUAAAUAUUUUCCAUCCAGAAAGGCAGAAGAAGCCUAAAGUCGAAGGGUAUCCUGAGAAUGAUUAUACGCUGUAUCAUAAAUUAUCAGCAAAGGAGUUUAUCGCUUGCGAAGAUGCAGUGGAGGCUCUGCAGACUGCUUCCGAAAUAGUCAUAGAUGACGAAGCCGUCGAUAAACAUGAGAAAACGACAAAAGAAAUUAGAGAAGCUUGCAAAGAUAUUAAAGUACUCGGCCGAAAAGAUUUGAAGAUGCUACUGAAAUGGUGGAAAACAUUAAAAGAGGCACACGAAUCUGACAAGAAAAAAGAAGAAAAUGGAACUGCACUCGAAGAUGAAACGGCAGCCGCGCCUGCGGCGAUUAGUGUCGAGGAACAGGAAGAUUUGGAAGACGCUGAAAUCGAGAAACAAAUUGCUGAAAUUAAAGACACGGAAGCGAGAGAAUUGAAACGCAAGAAAAAGAAGGUUCACAAAGAAAGACAAAAGUUGAAUGAACGGCUCAAUUUGAAAAUGGUUCAUAAAGGUGACGAGGGACCUAAAUUGGAAGGAGACGAUAUGUUCCAUUUGAACCAGAUACAAACUUAUCAACAAUUGGAACAAGUUACGGAUCAAACACCCGAUGUCGUAGCGGAGAGCGAGGAGGAGUCGGACGACGAAGAAGUUAGGCCAAAAACGGUUCGUUACGAGAAAGAUGCAGGUCACUUGGAUAGUAAAGGUUUAUAUUACAAAUCGGAAGACAGUGAGAACAGUGAUACUGACGCUACAUCAGAUGAUGACGAUGCAGAUAGUGAAAAAUCUGGGCUAGGUUUAGAGGAUUCGGAGGAUGAAAGUAAGAAGAAACCGAAGAAACCACAACCGAAAAAGAAACGAGAAUCUAACGAAUCUGAUAAUAAUCCAUUACUGACUGACCUAGAUUUCCGGGACAAGAAAGCGAAAAAAAUUCGUAAGGCAGAACUUUGGUUCGAGAAGGAUGCGUUUAAAGAUUUAGAUAACGAGGACGACGAAGAUUACGAGUUGGAUAGAAUGAUCGAACUGUACAAAAAGAAAGGUGGACAUAUCGUCGGAGAUGAGAACAAAGUAGUAAACCACGAGGAGAAGAAGAAACGAAAACAUAAAGACAGCAAAAAUUCCGAGGAUGAAUCAAAUUCCGACUACGAAAUCGAAGAAACGAUGGAUUCUAACAAGAAAGCAAAGAAGAUCGGUGGGCAGGACGGCUUUGAGAUAGUACCCCGAGAAGAAGGGGAGGAUAAAAGGUCGAAGAAGAAGAGGAAAUUGACCGCGGAAGAUUUAGCACUCGGCUCGUUGCUGAUUCAGAGUAAAAAAUCUCGAAGGGAUUUGAUCGAUUCGGCUUGGAACAAAUACGCAUUCAACGACGAAAAAUUACCCGACUGGUUCGUGAAGGACGAGGAGAGGCAUAUGAAGAAAGAGGCACCUGUACCUAUAGAAUUAGUAAACGAUUAUAAGAAACGAGUCGAGGACUUGAACGUCAGACCAAUUAAGAAAGUGAUGGAAGCUAAAGCGAGGAAAAAGAAGCGAGCGAUACGCAAACUUGAGAAGGCUAAGAAGAAGGUGGAGGCGUUGAUGGACAACACGGAUAUUAGCGACAGAGAGAAGGCCAGACAAGUUGCAGCGUUGUAUAAGAAAGCCUCCAAGGAACCGAAAAAGGAAGUCACAUAUGUCGUUGCGAAGAAACACUUGGCGCAGAAGCGCACCGUUCGGCCUGCCGGUGUGAAAGGUCGAUACAAAGUGGUCGAUCCGCGAAUGAAGAAGGACAUACGCGCGGCGAAAGCGAAAGAAAAGACUAGAGGCCGCGGAAAGAAACGUCGAGGUGGAAAUCUCGCUCCUAGAGCGAGAUCCAAAACUAUGAAGAGAAAGAGAGCCAAAUAAUUUCCAUCCUCUACAUGAUAAAGAUAAUUUUUACAAUUAUUUUAACUACGCACAUUCGCACAGUGUGAUGUUUGCUUCGCAUCGUUUGCUUGUGAUGUAUAUACAUAUUAAUACAUAACGUUAUCAAUGCUA